AUUGUUGUGAUAAACUUAUUAAAUAGGCCAAAUGUCAACCCCCGCAAGACGUCGACUAAUGAGAGACUUUAAAAGACUCCAAGAAGAUCCUCCACAUGGAAUCAGUGGUGCACCUACAGAGCAUAACAUUAUGGUCUGGAACGCUGUCAUUUUUGGACCUAUGGACACCCCCUUUGAAGAUGGAACCUUCCGGCUGACCUUGGAGUUCACAGAAGAGUAUCCCAACAAGCCGCCCACUGUCAAGUUCAAGACGAAGAUGUUCCAUCCUAACGUGUACGCAGAUGGAGGUAUCUGUCUGGAUAUUUUGCAGAACAGAUGGAGUCCCACGUACGAUGUAUCGUCCAUACUCACUUCUAUACAGUCCUUACUGGAUGAACCUAAUCCCAACAGUCCCGCAAACAGCCUCGCAGCUCAACUGUACUCGGAGAAUCGCCGAGAGUAUGAAAAGCGAGUCAACCAGAUUGUCGAGGAGUCGUGGAUAUCUGAAGACCUCGGCCUCGCAGAGCCGGCAACCAGCGGUAAGGCAGCCCCGAGCUCAACCGCCUCCGCUACAGCCGCCGUCUCCGGCCCUGAAGCCGCGGCGGCAGCAACCGUCGCUAUGGCAGCAGCCGACGCAGCAACCAAUGCGAACCAAGCAACUCAGAGCAUGGAAGCUACAGGAACAACGGCCCAAGCAACUGCAAACCCAGGACAGAAUUGAAAUUUGACAAUGCGUUCUCUUCUGAAUUUAAAUAGUCAGAAAACAACUAAUUAAUGCGUUAGCUAAUCAAUUAAUGACAAAUACAUAGAUUUGGGUCGUUAAAUUAAAAUUCAUCAGAAAACAAAAACAACUGUCACAAAGCUUCAAUGCAGUUUGUAUUUUAAGAUGGGCGAAUGUGCUAAUAUGGUGGUUAUUCGACUUGAAAAGUGCUGAAACAACCUGGCAGUUUUUUGAGAUUUUUUAAAAAUUGAUGGAUGGUCCGAUUUUAUCUUCGAACUGUCCGUAAAAUGGAUGUUUGUUUGUGUUUUGGCUGAAACUGGCUCGCAGUGUAACAAGUUAAUUAAACUUUAUAUCGAAGUAGUUGACAGAGGUUACUUAUCGCGUUUUUAAUGAAGUUUCGGUUUCUUCCAAAAAUAAUAAUUGCUCUAUAUGUGAAGUUUCUGGAAAGCUGCACGCUGUUACUAAUUCAUGCGCUUAUAGCCGAGUUAUAGAUUCCAGAAAUUGCGUUUGGGUUCUGCGUUGUAUUAUAAGUAUCACAUAUAACAUUUUAUUACGUUUUUAGUUGAAUAGAAAUUAAUUUACCACGAUUAUCUAUCUCUUCUAA